AUGGUCCUGGAGAUGAGGCCCAAGAACCGGUGCAGAAACACGGCUGAACGUGGCGAUCCACUGUACCAUCGAUCAGCUGCCAGACAGCUGCCGUGGCUGAGAGGGUGUGGGUUUGACUCCUGCUUACAGACGAGGGUCUGCGCAGAAGCACGACAGAGCCGUAACGGCCCGAGGAUCAACGUCUACCUGAAGGACAUGAACUUUACUCUAAAGUCCAGAGGAUGUGAUGGCUGGAGCCUACCCCAGCUGUCACAGGGUCACAGAUCAUUCAGUGCUGUUUUCUGCUGCGUGCUCAUCAGCGCUGAAGAUGGUCUACGAGGGAACAACGCCGCAUCAGAGCCGGAGCCUCAGGACGGGGGUUCAACUCCCACUCAAGCGCCGACUCGUGUAUCAGCGGUCACCACGGAUACGCUGGUGGGCCGGGUCGGGAGGAAGGCGAUGCUGCCGUGCCGCACGGAGGCGGCGAAAGAGAGAGGAGCAGAGGUGUGCUGGGGGAGGGGCAAGCCUUCGCUGUUCACCUGCCACAACACGGUGCUCAGCAGCGCUGCAGACCACGUCACGUACAGGAAGUCCUACAGGUACUCUCUGGCCUCCUCCUCCUCCUCUCUGUCCAUCUUAAGCCUGCGGCCGUCAGACUCGGGUUUCUAUCACUGCAGGGUUCAGGUACCCGGACUCUUCAACGACCAGACCUUCACCGUCUUCCUCCUCAUCGUCAGCUCUCCCUCUGAGGCCGCAACAGAAAACUCUGAGCUCUCAAACCAAGACCUGAACGCACCACACACCACAGCAAGUCACAUCAACCAGGACACAGGACGUGAUGUCACAGGGGACAGCAGCACAGAGCCGGUGGUGGCUCUGGUUCAGUCAGCUGUGCAGCAGCAGGUAAACACUCUGCAGGUGUUUGUGGGAAACACAGUCAGAGCCUCCACCCUCAUCUUCAUCCCAGCUCUGGUGCUGGCUGCAGCUUACAGAGUUUGGAGGUUGAAACAGGAAGCAGACCGGAGGCCGGGCCAAGCAGAGGAGGCGGAGGAGGAGAGCAGCGCCAUGUGA